GUCCGGUGAGUGGCUGGCGGGGUCGCCUCCGGGGAAUCAGCCUGGCUGCUGCCCUGGAAUAAUGAAGGGCCCCGGGACUGACUGGCUGCCUCCAGCCGCGGCGGGGGCUUGUGUGUCCCCACGGUGCGGGCCCCCGUCCGCGGUCGUAGCUAGGGUGGGAGGCGUCCAUGGGCUCAAGCCAGGAAGCCACGCGGAGUUCACAGGUGUCUCUGCUGAAAUUCUGCAGGUCUGCAAGUAAAGUCCCUGAAGAUUUCUACUGCCUGUACCAAAAUGUGUCUUCCAUUUGUGGCAUGCUGUUCAUGAGAGGAACAGAAUCCUGUCUGGUCUCAGUACAUCAGAUUGUUCCAUGAAUUAUAAUGCAUUUUACCUGGUGUCCAAAGACCUGUUUCUAUGGGCUUGAACCUCAUUAAGGCCCUGUCUUCUGAGCUGGCAUUUGAAAGCUGUUUAUAAAACGGGAGCAAAAAUGAACAAUAAAGUGGGUUAUUUGAUAAGAACAAUCAGACAUUUGCAUGUAUGUGGUUCUAAACUGGGUCCCAGCUUUAGAACUGCGAUGAGGACAUACACAUUAGGGAUUAGUAUAUAUAACAGUACCAUACAAAGUGUGAACCUGAGGAGAUUCCUGUUAAAUGUUCCUCCUCACCAGCUUGAAUCAUUUUGCCGAUUGCUGUCUCACGGGGUGCCUGUUUAUAGUAAAGGAGAUGCCACUGUACAAGAACAGAAUGCUACAAAGUUUCUAUUAGAUGAACAUAUGCAAAGUUCAUCUAGUGCCUUGGACCCUCUAGAAGAAGAUAGAAGUGUUGUUGAAGAGAAUCUGGUAGUGAAGAGCGAAAGGAGUCAAUCACAGCAGUUCUUUGAUGACCUUCAAAAAUGCACAUCUCCCUGUGAUGUAUUAGACCUAGUUUCAAAGUCUGCUAUUUCUGAGAAGCAUUGUAGUAACUGUUUUACUACUAUGUGGGUGCUCAUCAAAAAGCUGUCCGAAGACCAGAAGCGUUAUGAGAAACAACUGAUGGUCGAGCAUCCUGCAUUCAUGCAGCUAUGUCAGCGUCUGAUGCAAGAGUCUAGGAGCAUGUGGUGUGAUGACUUGGUAUACAGUCUACAUGCUGUGCUGAAGCUAGGAGUAUCCCAGAACACUCGACUGGUUCAGACUUUGCUGAGGGUCUCUCAGGAGCGCCUCAAUGAAUUUGAUGACCGAUGUCUCUCUGUUGUGUCAACCACCUUGGCAACCAUGGAAAAAAGCAGAAAUGUGGAUGCUCUUCAAGCUGGAUUACAGUUACUGGUGGAGCAGCGAAUUCCAAAGAUCAGUAACAUUUUUAUGUUGCAAAGCAUGAUGAAAUGCAUUGGAAAAGAUGCCCCCCUCUCUCUCAAAAGGAAAUUUGAGAAUAGAGUUUUGAAAGAGCUGGACCACUUGACUCCUCUGAAUGCUCAACACAUGUUUAGUGCUCUGGCUGCAAUGAAUCACUGCUCCAUGCCAAUCCUGGAUGCCUGCAGUAACAAAAUCAUUGAGAGUAUCCAUGGUACUCCAUUUUGGCAGCUAAUCCAUGUUCUGAGAUCAUGCAGCAUCCUCCGGUACCGCAAUGUAGUUUUGUAUUCAGCAAUAGCAAACUACGUGACUUCGGCCAUCUACAUGUGGGACACUAAACAGAUUGUCCUGUUUUUGUCUGCCUUUGAGGGACUUCGCUUUCGACCUGUUGAGCUGAUGGAUAUUUUGGCUGAGAAGGUGACAAGUCAUCCUGAAUCCCUGAACCUGAAGGAUAUUCUAAGUGUUCUCCGGGUGUAUUCACUUCUCAACCACGUUCCCAAAUGCCAAAAUCAGGAGUUCCUGGAGUCUCUCAACAGUGCCUUGAAUAAGUACCUCACCAGGAUUUCUAAUGUGGAUCUGCUGAAGGCAGUGUAUUCAUUUUGCAUUUUAAAGUAUCUGCCCCAGCCUGCACUUAGUCAGCUCCUGCAAGGGGAAAACCUCAAUGAAUUACUAAAAUCAGAUGACCUUAACGAGCAGAAUGAAAUGAUGCUGCACUGUGUGAACAUGUGUCUGGAACUUGAUAGUCCUCCUUCAUUCACCAAACCAGCAACUGUGUUUAUAAAGAAACCCUCAUCACCUUUGGUUUCUGAUCUCCCUGAGGUUCAGGAGGCUCUCCUGAAACUUCUGGGAGAUGAGCGUAUGGUUCAGCAAAACAUCCAACUGCCACACGAUUACACCAUCGAUUUUGAAUUCAAAAUGGAUGCAGACAGAAAAAAAGUGCUUCCAGUAACUGAAGUAGAUGAUUCUGCUGAUGAUCCAAAUGUUCAAAGAGUGGCUGUUCUCUGUGCUCCUCCAUCUGCUUUCUGUUUUGGCACAAGACACCCCCGAGGCAAGCUGGCAAUGAAGAUGAGGCAUCUGAAAGUACUGGGCUAUCAUGUGAUACUGGUCCACUACCAGGAGUUUAAAAAACUGAAGAAAAGAAGAAGCAAUUGAGUAUUUGAAGAGAGAAGUCUAUUCAGCAGAUGCUUUUCCUGUUUCUGAUGUGAAUUUGCAGGAUAAUAUUUAAAAUGGACCGAGAACUUUGGAUCUCCUGCUUUUUUCCCAUCAUAACCAUUCACAAGAAGAUGGAAGCAGUUUCAUAUAUUCCUAAAAAAAUGCGUCAAGACAUUGUACCCUGUAGAAAGUUUGUAAAUUCAACUAUAUCUACUGAAGGAGUUCUUUAGGAAUAGAAGCAGUUACUUUCAAAACUGUGUUUCAGAAUGCUAUAGCUAAGGCUCCUUAAACAAUAAUUGACUUCAUUUAAAAAAAAAAAAAAACACUCCUGCAUUUAAUGUUGAAAAUAUCUCAAAUUUAUCUCUUUUUUUUUUUUAACUAUAUAUAGGCUACUCCAGUGGGCCAAACUUCUCAUGUGUUCUUGAACUGGGGGAGUGUGACAGUCUUUCAGAGCAUUUGGGACCAUGACUGCUCUCACUGUAGAGAGAAUGGGAUAACGAGUCAAUAGCUGUCUUUAGCUUUCAAUAAGAACUCCAGCCAGAAAAGCAGUAAAUCAUUAGAUAUUGACUGGAGUAGAAAAUCAAACUCCCAAAUCUCUUGACAAGUUUGUAACUCAGAAAAUACUUUCUAGUCUCUUUUUCAGAAGUUGGGACAGCAAAUGAUUCUUUAUUCUCCAUGCUUUUCUUCAGUCUGAAGCCUUUCCCCCUGUUAUAAGCACUCAGAGUCAUAGCUAUAAGAUCCUGUUCCUUGUAUAAAUUGCCUUGUGAUGUCUGCUCGUGUUUUAGUAUUAGCUCUUCCAAGACUACUUACAGCUAUUGCACAAUACUUAGGAAGGAGUACUGCAGAAAGGGAUCUGGGGGUCAUAGCAGGCCACAAACUAAAUGAGUCAACAGUGUAAUGCUGUUGCAAAAAAAAGCAAAUAUCCUUCUGGGAUGUAUUAGGAGUGUUGUAAGCAAGACACAAGAAGUAAUUCUUCUGCUCUACUCUGCGCUGAUUAGGCCUCAGCUGGAGUAUUGUGUCCAGUUCUGGGCACCGCAUUUCACGAAGGAUGUGGACAAAUUGGAGAGAGUUUAGAGAAGAGCAACAAAAAUGAUUUAAAGGUCUAGAAAACUGAAAAAAUUGGGUUUAGUCUGGAAAAGAGACUGAGAGGGGACAUAACAGUUUUCAAGUAUGUAAAGGUUGCAAGGAGGAAGAGGAAAAUUUGUUUUCUUCUCCUCUGAGAAUAGGAGAAGAGACAAUGGGCUUAAAUUGCAGCAAGGGAGGUUUAGGUUGGACAUUAGGAAAAACUUAACUGUCAGUGCGGUUAAGGACUGGAAUAAAUUGCUUAGGGAUGUUUGGAAUCUCCAUCAUUGGAGAUUUUUAAGAGCAGGUUAGAUAAACACCUGUCAGGGAUGGCCUAGCUAAUAUAUAGUCCUGCUACGAGUGCAGGGGACUGGACUGGAUGACUUCUCAAGGUCCCUUCCAGUUCUAUGAUUCUAUGAUGCAACACACAUCCACUGGCCCACUACGUAGUAGAGGAUAAAUCAAAAUAAUGGUAGUAUUGCCUACUGAUGUAAUGUGAGAUCAAAGAAUGCUCUAAGUUGAAGGAGUGGAAGAGGCAGACAUAGCUCUUCCAUCCUGUUCUUGGAAAUAUGCAUUAGCACUUGCCUUCAAGAGUCAGUCAAUGAAACACUUGAAUUUUUUUGUCAAGUUAUUUUUUGUUGUUGUUUUAAUGAAGUGCAAUUUGAAUAGGGGUAUUUUGAACACUUACUUAGUAACAGCAUUGAAAUUGUGGUCUUACAAAUCUGUUACCCAUUUCUGCAUUAUGGUCAGUGCUGUGAUAAUGAUAUUGAUCAACCAGAACUAGUAAAUAUAUGUUAGAGCCUUUGACAGUAACCUUAUUUAACCAAAUGGCGGUGCUCUUGCUUUGUAUCAUGGUGAGCUGUGAACUGCACAAUUCUUUGUCUCUGUAUUUGGCUGAGGAUGUGGCUGAAGCUUUGCAGUGAUGUGGUAAAAGAAUUAAGGUGAAAAGAAGAAAUGAGACAUUAUUUUAAUUUGCUGCCGUACCCUUCAUGGUGUAGGUCAGCUGAAUAUGAUGCAUGUUUGUGGAGGGAACUUGCUAGUAAAGAUAUGUACAGAGUUAUGAUUGGUAACAUACCACAAGAAGAGCUGUCCUUGCUGGUUUUCAGACUGGCUGAAACCCUAAAGCAUGGAAAUUCUGCCAGAAAGCCUGAACUUGUGAGAUUUAAAACUGGAUUUUCAGGACUAAAGCGAAUUGCUCAUUGAUGGGAUUUCCCUUUUCUGGAUCAGGAUGCACCAAGAAAUACUGAUUAUCUGAAUGAACCUUUCCUUUCUUCUAGCCAGAUGGCAUGCAACCGCUUUUCUUUCUAUCAACACUAUGUUCAAGGUGUAGAGUACUCAUGACCAUUACACUGAAUGAGUGACCACUGGAAAAAACAGUAGUGGGUGGAACCAAUGACACACCUCAUUACACCAGUUAUAAUAUAAUAGCCCCGAAUAGAAGGUAUAUUUCAUGCCAUAUGCAACGUGAUAGUACCUUGCUCCUGCUGUAUCACUAGCUGUUUGUAUUAUUCUUGCAUCUUAUAAAUACAGUGCUAUAAAUACUCAGCUAUA